GCUGCGCACGCGCACGCGUUUCUAGCGGGUACGAUGCUAGUGAUAUUGACGGUGAUCGGCGCGCUGGUGGUGGUUAAAUAUGUGGUGUGGCUGCUGUGGAACCCCGCGGUCUUCCUCUGCAGGACCAUCCAGGAGUUGGUGUCGAGAAAAACGUUCGUGGAAAAAUAUGGAUCCUGGGCAGUGGUGACGGGCAGCACAGACGGCAUCGGCAAGCACUACGCCAUGGAGCUGGCGCGGAGGGGUGUCAACAUCGUGCUCAUCAGCAGAAACCCACAGAAACUGGGGAACGUCGCCACAGAGAUAGAGUCAUCGUACAACGUUAAAACAAGAAUCAUUGUUGCUGAUUUUACACAAGGAACUGAAAUUUACACCCACAUCGAGCAGGAGCUGCAGGAUAUUCCUGUGGGAAUUUUAGUAAACAACGUCGGCAUGGCCACCGAGCAUCCCACGAGAUUCUGCUCGGAGUCCCUGCAGAGGAAACUAGAGCUGAUGCGCGUGAACACGAUGGCGGUGACGGCGAUGACGAGGCUGCUGCUGCCGGCCAUGCUAAACCGCCGCUGCGGCGCCGUUGUCAACGUCGCGUCUGCAGCUGGUGCAGUUGACUGCCUGCCGCACGCCGCGGUUUAUGCGGCCACAAAGGCUUACAUAUGCCAUCUGACUGCCAGUAUUCAGGGCGAAUACGCCCGCAGCGGGGUUCAUAUACAGACCUUAACGCCUUUCUUCGUGUCGAGCAACAUGACGGCGUUCUCCGACGCGCUGCACCGCGGUAACCUGUUCGUGCCGAGCGCGCGUGUCUACGCCCGCCACGCGGUGGCCACGCUCGGCAAACUGACCAACACCUCCGGGUACUGGACCCAUGGGCUCCAGAUGGUAUUAUUACAGACACUACCCGUUUGGCUCCAAACCAAAGUGGUAUCGGUGUUCACAUAUUUCAUUAUGAUAGAUUACAAGAGGACACAACGAAUAAACGAUGAAAAAUAA